CCUGCCGUCUAUUUCACAGCUCAACAUUUGACAGCUGGGUUUGAGAGGACAUACAAUGAUGGAACAAGACAGUGUCCAGCUAAAAAAAGUAAUCAACACCAAUGGAACUGACAACCCGGCUUUUGAAAUAGAGAAUGACUUUGCUGGUGACACUGACAGCAUCAAAAGUGAGACUUUAAAGCCUAAAAAGGGAUUGUCAUCAUACUUGAGUCAUGUCUCCAGGCCGAUUAAUAGCACAGAGAAUUACAUCAGGGCUCACUCAAGAACGUUCAAAUAUGUCAUCCUGGGCAUCCUUGGAGCAGGUUAUGUUGCUUACUUCAUUGCAGCCUGUGUAUUGGAUUUCAACAGGGCCAUCGCCCUGGUAGUCCUCACUAGUUUGGUAGUUGUUAUACUGUCAUAUGAACUUCUGAGGAAAUACAAGGGAGAAAGCAUCGGCCGGUGUUUCAGACCCGUUGUCAGAUGCUUAAAAAACAACUUGAAAUGGAUAAAAUGGGUUUUCAUUGUAGCAGUUGUAGUCCUGCUUGUGGUGUGGCUUGCUUUAGACACAAGCAAGCGUCCUGAGCAGCUUAUCUCAUUCGGGGGUGUGUGCAUGUUCAUUGUGCUUAUAUUCCUCUUUUCGGCACAUAGGGCGAUGGUAUCAUGGAGGCCAGUGUUUUGGGGUCUCGGGAUGCAAUUCUGUAUUGGUCUUUUUGUUAUAAGAACACAACCUGGACUUGUAGCUUUCAAUUGGCUUGGAAAACAAGUUCAGGUGUUCCUUGACUACACCAAAGAAGGGUCGUCGUUUGUUUUUGGGGAUCUACAUGCUAACAUUUUUGCUUUUCAGGCUUUGCCUAUUGUUGUGUUCUUCAGCAGUGUGAUGUCAGUCCUUUACUUUUUGGGUUUAAUGCAGUGGCUCAUUUUGAAGAUCUCAUGGGUUAUGCAGAUAACGAUGGGAACCUCUCCCACCGAGACCUUGAGUGUGGCAGGAAACAUAUUUGUUGGGCAGACAGAAGCUCCGCUGUUGAUUCGUCCCUAUUUGAAGGACAUGACCAAAUCUGAAAUCCAUGCUGUUAUGACUGGAGGAUUCGCCACUAUAGCAGGCAGUGUCAUGGGAGCUUUCAUUUCAUUUGGGAUUGAUGCAUCAUCCUUGAUAUCAGCCUCUGUGAUGGCUGCUCCUUGUGCUUUGGCGAUCUCUAAGCUGUCAUACCCAGAGACUGAGCAAAGUCACUUCACUUCAGAGAAGAAUAUCAAAAUUGCUUGUGGUGAUGAACAGAACAUUUUGGAGGCUGCUAGCGGUGGAGCAUCUGCAUCAAUAGGGCUUGUUGCCAACAUCGCAGCUAAUCUAAUAGCGUUUCUUGCCAUCCUGGGAUUCAUAAAUAGCGCUUUGAGUUGGCUUGGGAGUAUGGUGGGAUAUCCUGCACUCACAUUUCAGUUAAUAUGCUCCUAUGUGUUUAUGCCUGUGGCUUUCAUGAUGGGAAUACCUUACGAGGAGAGUUUCACUGUAGCUGAAUUAAUUGGCACAAAACUCUUCCUCAAUGAAUUUGUGGCUUAUGAACAUUUGUCCACACUGAAGAACAACAGACUCAGUGGAUUAGACGAAGUCAUCGGAGGUGAAAGACAAUGGAUAUCUGUUCGGUCAGAAAUAAUCACAACUUAUGCUCUUUGUGGGUUUGCCAAUCUCAGCUCUCUGGGCAUUGUGAUUGGAGGCCUGUCUUCUAUAUGUCCACCAAAAAAAGGGGUCAUUUCAUCUCUGGUGCUGAGAGCCAUGAUCACUGGGACUUGUGUAUCUCUUGUCAAUGCAUGCAUUGCAGGGCUUCUCUUUGUUCCUCCACUUGACUGUGUGGAAGUGUUUAAGGUACCCGUCUUCAAUGCCACCAAUGCAAAUAUUCAAGAAUGCUGUCAAGAUCUAUUUGACAAUACCAUUAACAACGGGACCAUCUCAUUUGAAGGAAUAUGGAACUCGGUUGCAAACGUCACAGUGUUUUUCUCUAAAUGCUGCCAGUGUUGUGGUCUUCCUGAUGCAGGGGUUUGUAUGUAGAGACAAACAAUGCAAAACAUUAGAUGACAAGAAAGAACAUUUUAACAACUUUAUUUUAAUUUUUUGGGGUAAAGUUUUGCACAUAAAGGUGUUCAUGUUGCAAGACUACUGAAUUUAUUUGAGCUUGAUGUGUUCUGUUAAUGAGGAAGAAAAUAU